UUUAUGAUACAGCCAUAAAAAAUUGAGGUUAGAUUCAUCCAAAAUAAAUGGUUGCUGAAGCAAAAAAGAGACAAAAUUAUUUAUAAAGAUGGAAGAAAUUAAUAAUAAAACUGAUAAUGAAUUGAGUGAAACUAAAAAAUCAUACAGUGGAAUUCCAGAAGCAGCAUUUGUGGAAGAUGUUGAUGCAUUUAUGGCACUAGCUGAAAAUGAAGGAAAAGUAGAUAAAGUGCUUAAAAAACUUGAUGAAAAUCAUAGUAAAUAUAAAUUUAUGGAAUACAAUUUGGCAAGUCAAAAACGUAGAUGGAAAUCACAAAUUCCAGAAUGGGAACGUUCAUUGGAAAUGAUAAAAAAACUACAAUCAGAAAAAGAUAGUAGUCAAGAUCUUGAUAUACAAUUUUUAUUGUCUGAACAAGUUUAUGCAAAAGCUGUUGUUCCACCAACUGAUAAAGUUUGUCUGUGGUUAGGUGCUAAUGUCAUGUUGGAGUAUACACUUGAUGAUGCACAAAGCUUGAUGGUUAAAAAUAUUGAUGUUGCUAAAACAAAACUAAAACAUGUUGAGCAUGAUCUUGAUUUUGUCAGAGAUCAAUUUACAACAACAGAAGUCAACAUGGCUAGAGUCUACAAUUGGGACGUCAAAAGACGACAAGCAACAAAAUCAACAUAAACAACAACAUCAUCAAUAAAUAAUACAAUUUUUUUUUUUUUCAAUUUGUUACUGUUCAUCUUGAAUAUAAUAAUUUCAUUCAAUGCAAAUCAUUAUCAUGUAAUACUCAAUUUAAACCCACGUUUUAUUUUUUUUUUUUGUAAUAAUAUAAACUCAAAAAGAAAAAGAACUUUAUAAUAAUUUUUAUUUGUUUUACAAACAUUUGUCUAGCUCUCUUUUUUAAUUAUAAUAUAUAAAUAUUAUUGAUAUAUAUUUUAUAACAAUACUUUUGUACUUUCAUCAGACCCUUUUAGUAUCAAGAUGAGAUAAUUAUCAGUUAAUUUGCUCCAAUAAUAUUACAAUAAUAUUUCAUGUCUCUUUAAUAGACUGAGCAAGCCUAAAUUGUUUUAUUUUUAAUUUAGAAAAAUAUUAGUUUUUUAACUUUAGAAUACUUGAUAAUUUAUGAAUUUAAAUAUUAAAUAUUAACAAUAGAAUAAUAAGGCACCAAGUUAGCUUAUACCAAAACUUCAGACUAGUUUGGAAUGUUUUUUUUUUUUUGUAUUAAAAGUCUAGUUGAUUAUUCUUCAGCUUCAUUAUCAUCAUUGAUUUCAAGUUUUGCCAAUUUUUUUCGUAGUUCACGAUUCAUGGCUUCACUUUCAUCAAGUUUCUUUUUGAGUUCAUCAACUUCAACAGUCUCUUCAGUUAUACCACCAAUUCUUUUACGAAUAUAC